CCCUGCACCUUCACGCACUAGAUUACUUCAAAAAAUGGUUCAAAUCACCAUACCGACAACUGCCUGCAUCGCUCCAAUUUUCAUCUUGGAUUCUCUUUUAAACCUCCACCCCCCGCAUCGUAUUUCAACCUCUGCAAAAGCUCUAUCACUCUUUCAACUGUCAUCAGUUUCUACACCAUGCUUAAGGUUCCAAAGCAUCAGGUUGCAGGUCACCAAGCCAUUGAUGGAAAACUUGGCCCCCUCAUAGAUGAUUCAGGACGUUUCUACAAGCCUCUCCAGGAUGCUGAACGUGGCACCAAGGAGCUGACCUUCUAUAAAUCAUUCUCUUCCGAUACACAGGUUCCAGACCACAUCCGCAGAUUUUUUCCUGUUUUCUAUGGCAGUCAACUUUUGGAAGCAUCUGACGGUUCUGGCUUGCUCCCCCACCUUGUCUUGCAAGAUUUAACCUCAAAUUGCCUUAAUCCAUCUAUCAUGGAUGUUAAGAUUGGUUCCAGGACAUGGUACCCUGAAGCAUCUGACAACUACAUCCAAAAGUGCCUUGAGAAGGAUAGAAGAACCACAACCGUGUCCCUAGGUUUCAGAAUAGCUGGAUUGCGGAUAUAUGAGAGUAAGGAAUCGGGAUGCUGGAAGCCAGGAAAGAAGGAAGUCCAGAGUUUUACUGCUGAUAAUGUUAGAUCAGUUUUGAGAAAGUUUGUUUCAUCAAAUUCUUCUAUUGGUUCAAAUGUGAACCCAGAUUGUUCUUUUGCUUCUAUCGUAUAUGGUGGUUCUGCUGGGAUUUUGGAACAAUUAUUGGAGCUGAAAGAAUGGUUUGAGGAGCAAACUAUUUACCAUUUUCAUUCAUGUUCACUUCUUAUCUUGUUUGAUAGGGAAUCGGUUUUGAAAGGAAGGACUCCAGUUGCUGAAGUUAAACUCAUAGAUUUCGCUCAUGUUGUGGAAGGCAAAGGUGUUAUUGAUCAUAAUUUCCUGGGUGGACUCUGCUCCUUGAUAAAGUUUGUGUCUGAGGUUCUUUCCAAUUCGAAGGAAUCCUCAAUCAACACUUGUUUUCUGGAGUCUGAGAAGAAAUGAAUAUUUACUGAUGAUGGCAAUUGCCAAUAGAGUUAAAAAAAUAAAUACGCAUUUCCAGAGUUCUUAGCUACCUUUCUGCUGUGUCAGAUUGUUGCUUACUUCCAGGCAAAUUGAGAAGUAUUUUGAUUCUUUUGGGUUUGUAGCGAGAGAUUGUUAUUUCUGUUUCAAUAAAAAUUCAGUAAUGAAGAAAUCUUUCUCUGCAAUUGUAUCGUUUUUAUCAUAGUACUAGAGUUUCAAUUUGUUUCUCAUGGCAGAUGCAACAACAAUGCAUGCUUGCUCAUGCGUGAUCUAGGGAAUUGACAGUUAACAGUAAAGUGGCUUACGAUAAAACUUUCUCUCGUGGAAAGGCUUAAAACUGAUAGAUGCUUCACUGUCAAAUCAUGAGGGAAUUCUGUCAAAUCAUGCAACAAGAAUGCAUGCUUGAUCA